AUGGAGGUCCCCGUAGGGUUCCUGGCCAAGCUGUGGAGCUUCCUCACUUUCCUCCCCUUCUUCUCCUCCCUCUUCCUCCUCGGCCUCCUCAAAGCGGCGUUGGUCGGUCCGGUCGUGGUGUGCAUCGUCGGGAUGGGAAACUCUGCCGUGAUCACAGGGCUGUGGAUUGCUCAUUUUGCCUGGACUUACUACUGUGUGGCGAGUGACGAUAAUUUCAGUACCAAGAGGCUGGGGCUGAUUCUGAAGAUUUUGGUGCUGAUAAUACUGCCAGUGCCUCUAGUCCUUUGGCCUAUUGUCGGGAUUGCGGGAAGCCUGUUGGGUGGAGUCGCGUACGGGGUCUUUGCUCCCCUGAUAGCCACCUUUGAAGCGGUCGGAGAGAAUGUGACGGACAAGCUCUAUCUUUGCUUUCUUGAUGGUGGUUGGUCCACGGUAGAAGGAAGUUGCACUGUGGUACGGGACUUCACUGAUUUCUGCUUCCACUCCUACUUUUCCUUUAUGGAUGAAUUGAGAGAUAAAAUACAACCAGAUGAAAAGCCCAUGGACAUCAAGUUAUCAAAGUUGCUUGCUUCUUUGAUGGCGAGUCUGAUGGGGAUGGUAGUAGAUGUUCCUUUGAUCAUGGCUGUUGCCCUGGUGAAAAGUCCAUAUAUGUUGUUCAGAGGGUGGAAGAGACUACUGGAAGACUUGAUUGGCCGAGAAGGACCGUUUUUAGAGACGGUGUGUGUCCCAUUUGCGGGGCUUGCCAUAAUUUUGUGGCCUCUUGCCGUUAUUGGAGCUGUGACAGCAGCUUUCCUUUCUAGCUUUUUUCUGGGGUUAUAUAGUGGAGUAGUUGUCUAUCAGGAGGAUUCGCUUCAAAUGGGAGUGGCCUACAUUGUGUCGGUUGUCUCAUUGUUCGAUGAGUAUGUUAAUGAUUUACUUUACCUGCAAGAAGGGUCUUGUCUGCCAAGGCCCAAAUAUCGUCGAAAGAUGAAAGCUAGCCUCGAGAGGAAGAAUUCCAGCGUCAACAAUGGAUCAAGGGAUGGCAAAGGAGGUCCAUACAUUUCAAAACUAUAUUCACAACAGUCGAGAACAUUGAAGGGGGCUAUCCAACAGUAUAGACCAGUGCAAGUGUGGGAUUGGCUCUUUAAAUCAUGUGAGGUUAAUGGUAGGAUACUUCUGCGUGAAGGUUUGAUCGAUGUUAAAGACGUUGAGGAUUGCAUAUUGAAAGGAAAUUGUAAGAAGUUAGGCAUCAAGCUUCCUGCUUGGUCAAUCUUACAAUGUCUGCUAGCUUCAGCUAAGUCAGAGACUGACGGUUUGCUCAUCUUUGAUGAUGUGGAGCUUACAAUGAUGAACAGUCCAAGGGACAGGAUGUUUGAGUGGUUUGUUGAGCCUUUGUUGAUUAUCAAAGAGCAAAUCAAGGGCCUCCAGUUAACUGAAGACGAAGAGGCGUGCCUUAGAAAGCUAGUAAUGAGGUGCAAAAAUGAAAAACCCAAGGAGUGGGACGAUGCUGGUUUUCCAUCAGAUGACAGUGUGAAAAGGGCACAAUUGCAAGCAAUAAUUAGAAGGUUGCAGGGGAUUGUAGCUUCCAUGUCCCGACUGCCGACUUUUAGACGCCGGUUCAGAAAUCUGGUGAAGGUGUUGGACAUAGAGGCUGUCCACGCCGCUUCCUCAGCAAACCACGUGGGAGGCAUCUCGAAAUCUGGAUAUGGUAGGGAUAGCUCCACGGGAACUGCCGAUGGAGAGGAGAGAGAAGCAGGGUGUGUCAGCAUGCCCGAUGGGAUCGUCUAGUGAUUUUUCUCGCCGCAUGUGAUUAAGGUUUUAGUAUACAUAGAUGGUCAUACACUGUUAAUAGUUUCACGGGAUUAGGAGCUGUAUUGGAUUGAACCAGGAAAUCGAUUUGCCAAGGUAUGUACAGAAGUAUUUGCAUCGGCUAAUGUCUUGGGUUCGCUUGUCUCGUGCUUCGGCCAAAAACUUGCAGUCAGAAUGUGGACCCUUCUCGGCCGAUCGGGGGAUUUGCAUAUGGCUGCUGGGAUACUCUUCAAGCCUAUCUUUCUUUGAA